GGAGGUGGAGUAUUUUAAUGAUGUGAAUAAUAUACAUAACACUAUCAUGAUGUUACAUAUCGGGGUAGAAAGUCGAUGGUAGCAAGGGAAAGGCCUAACUAUGCUGUUGACGUGAAGGUCACCAGCGCCGACACCUGCCGUAUUUUCAGGAGCAAUUCAGAAAAAUAGUCGAUCUUUUUCAAUCAUGGUUUCAUGAUGUGUUUUUGGUACGUGAUCGAGCAACAGUAGGAAUGUUUCCUGCAACCGGAUCAGAGAACCUCUUCUCCGAAGAAAAUGCGGCGAAAUGGAAAGGCAUAUUCGUUAGUGCGUUGCAUGGGGUCCACCAGCAGGUACACCCAUCUCUUGUCGCAAAAGAUGACGCCCUAGACUACAUCGAGAGCCUAAUCCUGAAUCUGUUGGUCACUUUGUGUGUGUCACAUCCACACUCUGUACAGGACAUUAUCGACCGAGUCAACAAGACCUUUCCUGACCCUAUUGACAAAUGGGCUAUCCGCGAUGCAAACAGCGCCUUGGAAAAAGGUCGCAAGAAUACCCCACUUGUUUUGCCUGUCGAUAAAAUCCACACCCUCCUUAUCAAGGAGGCUCUUGGAUACAGGAUUGAGUUCCAGGUAACUCUGUACAUCGUAGCAGUGCUGGAAUACAUAGCUGCAGACAUACUUAAGCUGACUGGGAACUAUGUCCGGAACAUCAAGCAUGCAGAGAUCACAUCCCAGGACAUCAAAGUGGCCAUUUGUGCUGACCAGGUACUAAUGGACAUGUUCUCACAAGAGGAAGAUGUGUCACUUCCUGUUGUGGAGGAACCAAUCAAAACAGAGUCUUUGAAGUAUGAGGAUAUUGUCAAAGAUUUCAUUCAUGAGGAAACACAAUAUAUGAGAGACUUAAACAUGAUAAUCAAGGUCUUCAGAGCUCCUUUUGUCACACACUUCCCAAGGAGUAAGGACUUAGAAGUAAUAUUCAGCAACAUACUGGACAUCUAUGAGUUUACUGCCAACUUGCUCAGUUCAGUGGAGGAACAGGUGGAAAUGGCCGCGGAGAAGGACCUACCACUCGUGGGAAUCUGUUUCUUAGAUAUGGCAGAGGAAGAGGCGUUCAAUGUAUAUGAAAAGUAUGUGGAUGACAUGCUGGCUCCACAUGGGAAGGAACGACUGUACACUCUACUUCAACGAGAAGAUCUCAACACAACUUUACAGAAUGAAGGUCAUGGAUUUAAGGAUGCCAUGAAGUAUGUGUUACCCAAGUUGUUACUAGGACCUAUAUAUCAUUGCCUCCACUACUUUGAAGUCAUCAAGGCUCUGAUCAGCACAAGUCCAAAUGAAGAAGAUCAGGAGAGUCUAGAACAGGCCAGUGGACUCCUCACGUUCUUAAAGGCUAUGUUAGAGCGCAAGUUCUCCGGAAAUCUACCAAAGAAGAAACCCUGGGAGACAUCACUCCGACUCCAAGGAAAAACUGGGCGCCAAGCUGUUGUACAAAAAAUGUCUGAUCUCCAGAAAAGUAUAGACGGUUGGGAGGGCAAGGAUAUCUGGCAGAGCUGUAGUGAAUUUAUCUUAGAGGGUGUUCUCAACAAGCAAGUGAGGGGUCGACCCACAGAGCGUCACGUCUUCCUCUUUGACGGCUUAAUUAUCAUGUGUAAACAAAACAUGAGACGCACAUCAGUAACCAGUGCUUCUGGGGAUUUUAAACUUAAGGAAAAAUUCUUGAUCAGAAAAAUAGAGAUCAGGGACAGAGAAGAUACAGAGGAGUGUAAGCACUGCUUUGAGAUCCAGCUUCGUGACCACACCAACAAUGGAGUUACAUUGAGUUCAAAGUCGGCAGAGGAGAAAGCUAACUGGAUGGCUGCUCUCAUCUCACUACAGACAAGGAGUAUGUUAGAGAGACGACUAGACAGUAUCAUUCGUGAUGAGGAAAAGCUUCAGCCUCUGAAGCUACCUCCCCCAGAAAUUUACAGAUUUUCUGUGGAGGAUUCGGCUGAAAACAUUGUGUUUGAGGACCGGCGUCAGCUACCUAUUGAGAGCCCGCUUAUCAAAGGGGGACUACUUCUGAAGCUGGUUGAGAGAUUGACUUAUCACAUGUACGCCGACCCCAAAUUUGUCAAGACAUUCCUCACCACCUACCGCUCUUUCUGCAAACCUCAUGAACUUCUUGAGCUUCUCAAAGAAAGGUUCGACAUACCAGAGUUUCCAUUAAAAUCUCAGACUGAACUACCAGAGCAAGAGAGUCAGCAAGCUCGUGAUGAUCUGAAGAGGUUCCGUAAAGAGUACAUCAAGCCUGUGCAAUUUCGAGUGGUGAAUGUGUUACGACACUGGGUGGACCAUCACUACUACGACUUUGAGCGGGACAUGUCCUUGCUCUACAAACUCCAAGAGUUCCUUGCUGGGGUCAAGGGCAAGGCCAUGAAGAAAAUGGCAGAGUCUAUCAUAAAGGUCAUUCAUCGGCGCUUUGAGAGUCAGAGCACAGAACGCGAAUUCACCUAUCAGAAACCUCUACCCAAUGUUGAGUGGCAUUUGACAAGAGAACCCAAGGCAUUUGACCUCAUGACGCUACAUCCCAUAGAGAUUGCCCGUCAGGUGACCUUGCUGGAGUUUGACCUGUAUCGUGCCGUACAACCCUCAGAACUGGUUGGCUGUGCCUGGAUGAAAAGUGACAAGCAAAAUACAUCUCCUAAUCUCUUAAAGAUGAUAGCCUUUACCAAUAAUUUUACAUUUUGGAUGGAGAAAUGCAUUGUGAUGGCUGAGAAUAUAGAGGAGAGGGUGGCAAUUGUGUGUCGUAUUUUGGAGAUUAUGCUCGUUUUCCAAGAGUUGAACAAUUUUAAUGGUGUUUUAGAAAUAGUUAGUGCAAUAAAUUCUGCUCCAGUUUAUCGACUGGAACACACCUUUGAGGAAAUCCCUCACAGGUUUAUGAAGUCUUUCAAUGAAGCCAGGGAACUCAAUUCUGAUCACUUCAAGAAAUAUGUAGAAAAACUACGGUCUAUAAAUCCUCCUUGUGUACCGUUUCUUGGAAUGUAUUUAACAAAUAUAUUGAAAAUAGAGGAGGGCAAUCCAGAUUUUCUUCCUAACAGACCAGAAGGAAUAAUCAAUUUUAGUAAGCGACGGAAAGUUGCAGAGAUUACCGGGGAAAUUCAGCAAUAUCAGAAUCAACCAUAUUGUCUAAAAGGUGAACCGGACAUGCGGGAAUUCUUUGAAAAGUUAAAUCCGAGGGAAGGCAAUUCAGAGAAAGAAUUCAACGAUGCAUUAUAUAACAAGUCAUUAGAGAUCGAGCCAAGGGGAGCAAAACAAGCGCCAAAAUUUCCAAGAAAGACUGAGUACAACCUCAAAUCUCCUGGAACCAAGGCUAUGUCCACACGACAUGGGGCCACUGUCAAAGUGUUCCCCUUUUCCUCCUUCAAGGACCCUGGCUACAUACAGAUAAAGGAGGAGGAAGUAGAAGCUGCUUCACCUCACUGCACUACCCCUCCCACACCAACCACCCCUCUCACACCACCCGCUAAUGCUGGCUCCGAUAGUGUGUUCGCGCCGGUUGUACUAGGUCAGGGCGAUGCCUUGACAAGCAGUACCUGGACACUCAGUACAAUGACAUCCUCUGGCUCCAUGACCAGCAUCAUUCAUCCACAUUCGUCGCACACAGUGCCGUCACCACUAGUCCUGGACAAGCCCAUCAGCUUACAACCCCCACCACUGCCACCCAGGAAACGCAACAGAGACUCCACCAACAGUGAUGUGUUCUUUUCCCAAAAUGCCCCUGACCCCCCACAGAUUCCCCCACGUGGUAACCCCCCACCCCCAGUGCCCCCAAGGAAGGAGUCUAUGUUCAGCACACUUCCUCGCUCCCAAAGUGUGUCACAAAAAACCGGUAACUCUUCCAGCAGUCUGUCGGCUCAUAAUAACUUAAGUGCAACAUUGCCGCGGUGUAACACCGCUGACAAAGACACAAGCACGCGGCCACUGCUAGCAAGCAUGUUAAAUGUGAAUGGAGACAAUGCAGUGGUUAUCCCCGGCCAAUCAGUCACCCCAAAAUUACCCCCAAGGACUUACCGUAUUGCACAUUCUCGACAGAAAAGUAGUUAGGUAGGCUUGGCUCAUUGAGAGUAAGCAGAACAGGUCACUAGCUAAAACAUCAAGAUUAUAAACCUGAUUGCUGUGUGUGAGGAGAUUUUCACCCACAUUUAGUCAAGAUGUGAACAAAAUGCUAAUGAAAAACCCUUUUUUGUGUUGAAAUGGGUCUGUUGGGCAAACUACAAAAUGUGUUCGUGACAGCAAUCCUGGAUUUUUAGUGGGAUAUUCUAUUCCAAAACAGUUCAGUUUUUGGUGAAUAAAAGAAUCUGUUGGAUGUUAAUCUGUUUUAAAGUAAUUCUACAUACACGUCGUUUCCAGUGUUGACGGAGCUUAAUGUCUAACUGUGGCCAAUAGUUGAGGAAACGUUUCCUUUGAAGAGUGAAUUCUCGUAAAAUGCAUUAUUAAUUAUGUUAUUUGUAACGUGUUGUCUGUCCACACCACAGACAAUCCACUGUGCCAAAAAAUGUUUCAUAUGUUCAAUACUGCUUCGUGUGCUAUGUCUGUUAUGUAAGGGGACCCCCGGGGUCAGAGAAUGUUUGUGGGAGAAAGAGAGUCAACAUAAUCAAAAUGAUGUCUUGUUAAUUAUACAGGCUUAUACAGAGUGUAGCUUAAAGUGGUUUGUGGGAAGGAGUUGUUCUGUAGCUUGUUGCUGUACACAAUUGUUGUGUUGUGAUAGCUAGUAUAUUAGCAUAUAGAGAGUUAUCGGGACACUUGUGAGUAUGAACUACAAAAUUCAUUUUAUCAAAUCAGUGUUUCAGUGCUGUCUCUAUACAUUCUAACAACUGUACACAGAUUUUCUAUUCCUUUUAUAACAUGCUUGUGUGGUAAUAUCUGGAACAUUUUUUCAGAAGACCAAAGACAAAAUUUUAGUCUCAACUGAAAAUUUUAUUAAUUCAACAAUUAUCCUUGUCUAUGAUGAGUAGCAUGAAAACAUUUACUUAGGAUUGAAAAAUUCCAUUUAAGGUAAAAAAAGAAAUGGCAUUUAGGAAAUAUUGAUACCAGAAACAAAAUUUGAGUUUUGCAAUAAUGUUUUUGCUUUAUUAACAAUAAACAAGGUCUUGGUCACUUAAGCCAAAGUUUCUGAUAUUUCUUCAUUACAUUAAGUUUUAUUUUAAUAUCAUUUGACAUAGUUUUUGAAAGCUUCUAGCAUCUAGACAUAACAGAAAAAUGAUGUAUAAUGAUGAAAGGGAAGUUGUUAAAAAUCUCUUUAUUACAGUAACAUUGCUAACUAAAUCUAUUGUUCUAUUUCUACUGCACAGAUAUAUCGAGGUCAAUUUCUGUAUUAUUUAUUGGUAAAUUUUCCCUCAGGUAUUUUAUAAAAGAAUUUACCUGUUUUUGAAACAAAAUUCCCCAACAAAGAACUUCUUGUUUAAAAUAUGAAUGAAAUGAUGCGAUUGAAAUUUCAUGAGAAGUUUAGCUGAAGUAUUGAUAUGAUUUGGUAUUAUAUGAAUUUGUUCAGAAAUAUUCAGAUGUAUGGAAAUUGAUCAAGGACAUUUCCCCUCAAACAGGAAAAUAUUUAGGCUUACCAGAACAGGUCCCUGUACUGUUAAAAGUUAAUGAUUGUUAUAACUUUUGUCAUGGUGACCUUUAUUGACAAUCUCGUUAAUCAUAGAGUCAUACAAAAUUUAAUUCCGUAGUCUUCAAGUGUUGGUAUAAAAAUUUGACCUUUAAAAUGACCAUAAUUGAUCAAGAUAGAGCCAUUUUUGUAUAUAAACAAUCCAUAUGUAUACUAGGACCUCAUUCUAUUUAGACCAUUUCCUCGAGAUCUUCUGUUUCAAGAUUUAAAAAAGAAUCCAAUUUAGUCUUUAACAUAUUUCAGGAGUGAACAAUUUUUCUUUAAUUAGAUAAAGAUAUUACUGGGAGGUACUAAAGAAAGCUAGUAAAAAUUAAAAGGAGGAGGCUACUCAAUAUCUAAAAUCAGUUUUGGUUUAUAGGACUUCAAUGAUUUCAGUAUUUUAUUAAAUGUGGACUUUUCAGAAAAUUUCAAAGGAAAAAUUCACUGGUUUGUUGAAAUCUGUUGAAUUAAAGUUAGGAAUUAAAAGCAACAAAUGUUUGAUAUAUUUCACACAAGAAAUUGUUACUGACUUGAUUUGGGCUAUAUGCAAGAUUUCUGAUCAGUAUAUUCUUCAUAGAGUAUUCACAGAAAUUCACCAUUACAACACCACUAAGAAUUAUCUUAGAAUUGGCCUUUUUGAAACUUUUUGAAUUAAAAAAAAUUGUGUUUGUAUAAUCAAAAUUUUGUAGGUCCUCUAAAUUUUUUUGCUUCCAUUUAGUAAGUGGAAUUCAGUUUUAGCAUUUAAAAGAAUAUGGUGUCAAGAUAGUGCAAUCCUGAUCCUUUAACAGUUAAGUAGAAAUGCUGAGAAAAGUGGUAUAUCAGAAUGAUUUAACAAAUGGAAAGUGAGGCUCUGUAUGAAAGGAAAAUUUGUUAAAGGCUUUUUUAUUCUGUGUAAUUCCCGGUUUCAAUUAACAUUAUGUGCUGACAAUUAUGUAACAGUUGAUAAAUAAUAGGACAAAUUUGAUGUUCCAUUACAGGAACGGAGCUCAAUAAACAGAAACAUGUUUCUCUUCCUUCUGAGUACUGAUGAGGCCAGACACUCCGAUAUGAAGACAAACCUCACCUUUAAUAGAAUAGCAUUUAUAAAUCAGUAUAUCAUGGUCACAAUCCAGGAAGUGAAGUAUGAAAAUUACCAGUUCAUGUCUGAGGAUGGCAGAUGUGUGAACUAUUUAGAAAAGAAAAAUCAGAAUAAAUUAAAGGUCUUUGACACAGAAAGUAAUGGUUAGGAUAUAUCAGAGAUAUUUUGAUGAAGUCAGUCUGCUGUCCAGGCUACGAAGUGCGAGUGGAUGUGCUGAAAUAUCUCCAGGGUGUUGCAUUCUGUUUCAAGUAUGUUUCACUAAUUUUGUAUUCUAAAGGUGGAUUGUAGGUUCUAAACAAAUUAAUAUAAUUUUGAUGCAAAUACACAAAGUCUUCCUGAUACACUGUUAUUGUGUAGACCAUGUCAUUCUGAAAGCUUAAUAGGGUUGAUAGAAAAAAUUACUGUAUAGAAUAUGCAUCAGGCAUUAUGAAAAUGCCUUGACUUUUUUACACAUAUUUACCAAGUACUUUUAAAUUUGUUUGUAUGUAUUAAUGAACAUUGAGAUAACGCAUUUUACAAAGGAACAAACAAUUUUGCUAAUAGCAUCAUGGUUUGAAAUUCUGUCUCCUAAGACUUUUAGCCUAGCAAUACCAAAGAAAAAAAACAAGCAAAAAUGAAAAUUUUAGUUUACCAAUGAUUGUUUUUUACCUUUAAUUUAAUCAUUAUGACAUCAGCUUUACUGAAAAGUUUUAGGAAAAGAAGUUUGAUAGGUCAGCAGUAGUAAAGUUGAUACCAGUACUACAAAAGGUUAUUCUUCGAUUCUGAGGUCAAGGGGUUACAGAGUGCAUGUGUCCUGAAAAAUUAGAAGUUACCAAAAGUGCUGAAUGUCUUUUCCCAUCAAUUACAAGGUUACUAAAAGCUUUGAGGUUUUGGCUGAUCUUUGCUGUUUGAUGAUCAUGAAUACAUGUAUGAUAAUAGUUCAUGGAUUGAGAUUACUAAGUACAGAUGUACUGAAAACUUUGGCAUACGGAGGAAUGAUUUCUGAGAUAAAUUAAGAAAAAUUAUUGAUACUUUGGUUUAAUGCUUGAUAAGAGAGUAAUGAAGGUUUUGGGAUCAUCAGUAGAUGGUUACCAGUAUACAUGAACAUGUCUGUGGUAAUCAUGGGAAACAGUUGUUUGAUCCACAAUGUCCGGAUAAUUGUAACACCCCGGUACCUGAUCACAAACAAGAGUUGAGCUUGAAGUGAAAUCUCAGGAUGAAGGAUGUCUCAGGUGAUGUUGGGCAAGGUUUCUGGGAGACUGAAAGCAAUGGUUUAAAAUUUGCAGGGAUGUUAGCUGAUUCAAACAUGUCACAAAUAGUUGUUAUUAUUAUGUGUUAUUAAGUGUCUUGUGCGUUUCUUUUGUUUGUCUCUAUAUGUUGCUGUAAAGCAACAACAACUUAUUGCAGGGGUCCCUGGGAUGGGGGUGGGGCAGGGGUCCCUGGGAUGGGGGUGGGGCAGGGAUUGGAGUUUGUGUUGUAGGUUGUUGGCAGGCCUGUAUCACGGGUACAGUAACUGACAUUCUGAUGUGUUCCAAUAUUCAAAUCAGUAAUAACCAUAAAAAAUGUAUUGUUUUCUUCUAUUAAUUAGGCAAUGUUGUGUUUUGGAUCAUAAAAUUGGAAAGAUUUUUUUUUUAUUUGCAGUUUGACCUGUAAGACUUGAAAGAAUUAUUGGCAGUUUUCCACAGUUUAUGUAUGUGAUGUCAAAAAUUUGUGCAUACAUUUUAUACAGUGGCUGAAUGUAUUAAUUAGACUAAUAUACAUUAAGAUAUGAGUGUACGACAGACAAUGUUCUGUAAAGAGCUGUCUCUGCAAAUAAUCCAAGUUUUAGAUAUCUUUUGUCAUAGAUUUUGUCAGAGUGAAAAGAUUUGUAAUAUCUUUUUAUUUUCAAUUGAAAACAUGUUAACACUUAACACCACUUGAUUCUCUAAUGCUGAGCUUUGGAGAGAUCUGGAGAACAUGUUUUGUUUUUUCCUUUAAAUUUUUUUUCAAAGAUAAAGUAAAAUAUGAACUUCUUCAACUCCAAUGUUUCAAAUCAAAAAGAAGCUUUUGAUUAGAACUGACAGAGUAUCAUUAGUUAGUCAGAGCUGGACCAGAUGCAAUAUUUUUAGAUGAUCAAACUGGACAUUUUGUUUCUUUGUGUAUUUGGGGUGGGGCAGUUGGUGAUAUGUUAUCUUAUUUUAUUUUGCCUGUGUCAAGCAUUUGUAGAAACAAUAUCUUGUGUAUUUGCAAUGACAAAAAACCACUAUCAAACAAAUACACCCAAAAAUCAUAGAAGGGGGUGAAAAAGGUCCAGGACUGGAGUGGACAUCAAAGCUUGGCUUGUCACAGGUAAUAUAGGGUAAGCUGAUUGUUGUUAUUACAACACUGAGAUUGGUGUGUGUGGUGAGUGUAUGAUGGAGCACUGUGAAUGGUUGGUAUUGUGAUUAUACCAAAGCAUGGCUAUGUGAGAGAGAUUGGCUCCUGAGUGGUGCCAAUGUGAGAAAUGUUUUUAAUACAAGUAGCUGUAGUCAGCUUGCUAUGCCUUUCGGUGAAGUUAGUUUGAUCGGACAUGAUGUACUUAAUGUGUAGUAAGAAUAUAAUCGUUUCUGUCAUGUACAGACUGUAAUCUGGCAUGCCGUGUAUGUAAGGGUUUUUUUUGGUGUAUCUAAUAAGUCUGUCUGGUGUACCAUGUUCCCAGUAGGUCUGUCUGGUGUACCAUGUUUACAGAAGGUCUGUCUGGUGUACCAUGUUCCCAGUAGGUCUGUCUGGUGUACGAUGUUCCCGAUAAGUCUGUCUGGUGUACCAUGUUCCCAGUAGGUCUGUCUGGUGUAUGAUGUACCCAGUAAGUUUGUCUGGUGUAUGAUGUACCCAGUAAGUCUAUCUGGUUUACCAUGUUCCUGGUAAGUCUGUCUGGUUUACCAUGUUCUCGGUAAGUCUGUCUGGUGUAUGAUGUACCCAGUAAGUCUGUCUGGUUUACCAUGUUCCCGGUAAGUCUGUCUGGUUUACCAUGUUCCUGGUAAGUCUGUCUGGUUUACCAUGUACAUUGCAAGUCUUGUCCAUGCCAGAAACGAUUCUAUGUGGUCUACUGUGCGUUUGUCUGGGUUAUACUCUCACAGACUGAAGCCAGGCUUGCUCAGCUAAAUGUUAAGCUGUCAUCAGCUGCAUCAUUGCAGAAUCUUUAUAAUAUGAUUUAUAGAAUAACACUUUGCCAAACAAUACGAACAUGUUAUGAAAAACAAAAAAAAAAGUUGUUUUUAAUUCGUAACAUAAAUGUUGAUGAGAUGUACACUUCAAUAUGUAUCAAAUGUCAAAUAAAUAAAAUGGGAUACCCAUUGCAAUUGUGAAA